AUGCCAGCAACACGCACAGAACAAAACAUCAAGAUCAUUUCUUUCGACCCCGUAUCACAUAAGGCGACUCGCCCUCGAAAGCUGAAGUACAUUGCUGAUGACCAGGACAACUUCCGUCAUUACAUUUCCCCUCAAAUGCGCCUAGCGUUCCGGCAGCCACCCUCAGACCUCCCACCACCACCACCACCACCAGUACCGCUGCCGCCGCCGCCGCCGCCACCACCACCAUCAAUACUACCACCACUACCGCCGCCGUCGCCGCCAGUACGACCACGACCACGACCAGUACUGGCACGACCACAACCACCAGUACUAGCACCACAACCAUCACUAGUAUUGGCACCACUCGUACUAGUACUGGUACCACUAGUACGGGCACCACCACCCCAUCCAGAAAAUCCAAUAAAACAUAUUCCAGACAACCUCACGCACCGAACUUCAUCCUGGUCCGGGGACUACAUCUAUAACAACGAUAACAACAGGCCAAGGCCACCACCCCGUCCAUCAUCCCCACCAAAUUUGUCAGGAACUUCAGAAAACCCAGUUCUAGACAACCUUACUACGCACCCAAAGUCCCGGUCCGGGGAUUGCAUCUAUGAUCGUGAUCGCAACAGGUCACUGUCACCACCCCGUCCAUCAUUCACACCACCCUCAACCAAAGGACCUGCAGAUGAUGGAUUAGUAGUGGAACAACCGCUUCACCUUGCUCGCGGAGAACGUUGUUCCAGUAUGCUCGAUAACCAGCGUUUCAAACUCCGAGACGCUGCGUGGUGA